AUGAAGGACAAUAACACUGAAGUGGUGAAAGAAAUAAAAGAUGCAAAAGAAAAUCUUUCCAAAGUGAACAAAGACGUGGGCAAAGUGAAAGUUGUGAUGAGUCAAAUGUUAGAGAAGUUUAAUCAGCAGAAGCAAACUGCCAUCUCCGACCAAGGGAAUGUUCAAUACACCUAG